GGCUUCACUCUCCUGCACCGGGAUUACGGGGACGGCGAGCUUAGCGGGGACGGCGACGACGACGAGGACGACGAGACCUUUGAGCUGCGGACCCCAAGUCCACCGGGUGGCGGGCGGGGCCCCCUGGAUGUGACGCUGACUCAGCCUGUGAGGAGCGCGCCCAUCUCAGACAGGCUGCAGAGCUGGGAAGAGACACGGAGCCUCAUCCCGGAGAAGGGGCCGCUGGAAGACGACACGGAUGUCGUCGUGAAAGGUUGGCUGUACCGCGAGCCCCGCGGACGAGGGGCACGGCCCUGGUUGCCCCCGCGUCGGGCCUGGUUCGUGCUCACCCGGGACUCCCUGGACCAGUUCAGCAGCAGCGGGAAGGGGGCACGUCGCCUCGGGAGCCUGGUGCUCACCAGCCUGUGCUCGGUAACCGGCCCGGAGCGCAGGCCCAAGGAGACUGGUCUGUGGUCAGUGACCGUGUCUGGCCGGAAGCACAGCGUCAGGCUCUGCUCCCCGCGCCAGGCUGAAGCAGAGCGCUGGGGGGUGGCGCUGCGCGAAGUGAUCGCCUCCAAGGCACCGCUGGAGACCCCCACCCAGCUGCUGCUCAGGGACAUUCAGGAGAGCUGCGGAGACCCAGAGGCCGUGGCCCUCAUUUACCGAAGGAACCCGAUUCUGAGGCACACCAGUGGGUCCUUGUAUGCCCCACUUCUGCCCCUGCCCUAUGGAGUCAGCGCCCCAGGUCCUGGCUACGCACCCUUGCGCGAGGAGGCGGUGCGGCUGUUCCUGGCUCUGCAGGCCCUGGAGGGGGCGCGGCGCCCCGGGCCCCUGAUGCAGGGUGUGCUCCAGACCUGCCGGGACCUGCCCGCGCUUCGAGACGAACUCUUCCUGCAGCUGGCUAAGCAGACCUCGGGCCCCGCGGGGCCCCCUGGGCUCCCGGCUUCCCAAGACCCCGCGGCCCUACGGUACUGGCAGCUUCUCACCUGCAUGAGCUGUACCUUCCGGCCUGGGGGAGCUGUACGGGGGCAUCUCCUGGGACACCUGGAGAGGACCGAGCAGGCGCUCCCGGACUCGGAACUGGCGGAAUAUGCUCGCUUCAUCCGAAAAGCGCUGGGCCGGACGCGAGGCCGAGAGCUGGUGCCCUCGCUGGCUGAGAUUUCCGCGCUGAGCCGACGGCAGGAGCUGUUGUGCACCGUGCACUGUCCGGGGGCUGGUGCCUGCCCGGUGGCCAUAGACUCCCACACCACGGCGGCGGAGGUGGCUCGAGAGCUGGUGGGGCGGCUGGGCUUGGCCCGAAGCCGCAACGCUUUCGCGCUGUAUGAGCAGCGAGGCGCCCAGGAGCGAGCCCUGGCUGGGGGGACGCUCGUGGCCGACGUGCUCACCAGGUUUGAGAAUGUGGCCGCGGAGGAAGCCGCGCUGGAGGACUCUCCCGACUCCAGUUGGAGACUGUGUCUGCGUCUUCAUGGACCUCUGCACCCUGAGGGACUGUCCCCAGACGGUCACGAACUGCCUUUCCUCUUUGAGCAGGCUCACGCUCUGCUGCUGCGCGGCCGGCCUCCCCCGCCGGACGACACGCUGCGCGCCCUGGCGGCGCUGCGCCUGCAGAGCCUGCACCCUGCUGUGCUGGGCGGCUGGAAGCGUCUACGGGGCAUGGGCCGAGCGGAGGCCAUGGCUGCCUACCUGGCUCUGGCGGCGCAGUGUCCAGGUUUCGGCGCUGCUCGGUAUGAAGUUCUGGAGCUGAGCACGGAGCCUGGUGGGGGCGCUCCACAGAAGCUAUGCCUGGGCCUGGGAGCCAAGGCCAUGUCCCUCUCCCGACCUGGUGAGACAGAGCCCAUCCAUAGUGUCAGCUAUGGUCAUGUGGCCGCCUGCCAGCUAAUGGGCCCCCACACCCUGUCACUGAGGGUGGGAGAGAGCCAGCUCCUCCUGCAGAGUCCCCAGGUGGAAGAGAUCAUGCAGCUGGUGAAUGCCUACUUGGCUAACCCCUCCCCUGAGAGGCCCUGCAGCAGCCCUCCUCCUUCAUGCCAAGACCUGCCAGACACCUCCUCUCCCAGCCAGCACCCGGGCCUGGACGAGCCCCAGGGACAGUCUGGCUGUUUGGGGCAGCUGCAGAAAUGAGCCUGCCAAGAGGUCACAACUUCCCUCCCAUCUCCAGCCUGGACCUGGACUGCUCUGAGAUUUGAGGGAACCAUGGACCCUUUUAGCCCUGCAGGGACAGGGCAUACCCUACACCCAAGGGUUGCAAUGGGUGCAGACAAUUUUCUAGAUUGUUUCUUAAUUUAUUUGUAGAAGAAAAAAAAAAAAAAAAAAAACCACCUUAUUUACA